UUUCAGAAAACCGGCCACUCCCGCCGGGCCUUUGGCCGACUCACCCAUGAAAGCAAAGUUACGACUCGGAGACGGGUGAGGAUGACAUCAGCGAUGUUCAGGGGACCCAGCGCCUGGAGCUUCGGGAUGAUGGGGCCUUCAGCACCCCCACGGGGGGCUCUGACACGCUGGUGGGCACCUCCCUGGACACCCCCCCGACCUCCGUGACAGGCACCUCUGAGGAGCAAGUGAGCUGGUGGGGCAGCGGGCAGACGGUCCUGGAGCAGGAAGUGGGCAGCGGUGGUGGCACCCGCCGCCUCCCGGGCAGCCCAAGUAGCGUCCCUCAGAGUGGACUGCGCAGGGAGGAGCCGGACCUUCAGCCUCAGCCGGCCAGCGAAGCCCCACGUCGCCAGGCCCUGCCACCUCCCUCCAAGUCCGCGCUGCUCCCUCCGCCAUCCCCUCGAGUGGGAAAGCGUCCCCCGCCGGGACCCAACGCCCAGCCCCCGGCACCCCCCACGUCGCCCCACCGGCGCACUCUGGAGCAGGUGCUGCCCGAGGACGCCACCUCCGAGGAGAAGCGGGGCAGAAAGUCCAAGUCGUCGGGGCCCUCGUUGACGGGCACGGCGGAGUCCCGGCCGCAGACGCCGCUGAGCGAGGCCUCGGGCCGCCUGUCGGCGCUGGGCCGCUCGCCCAGGCUGGUGCGCGCCGGCUCCCGCAUCCUGGACAAGCUGCAGUUCUUCGAGGAGCGCCGGCGCAGCCUGGAGCGCAGCGACUCGCCGCCCGCGCCGCUGCGGCCCUGGGUGCCCCUGCGCAAGGCCCGCUCGCUGGAACAGCCCAAGUCCGAGGGCGGCGCGCCAUGGGGCAGCCCCGGGGCCUCGCAGGAGGAGCUGCGGGCGCCGUCGGGCAGCGUGGCUGAGCGCCGCCGCCUGUUCCAGCAGAAGGCCGCCUCCCUGGACGAGCGCACGCGGCACCGGAGCCCGGCCUCUGACCUUGAGCUGCGCUUCGCCCAGGAGCUGGGCCGCAUCCGCCGCUCGGCAUCGCGGGAAGAGCUGGUGCGCUCGCACGAGUCCCUGCGCGCCACGCUGCAGCGCGCCCCGUCCCCGCGAGAGCCUGGGGAGCCGCCGCUCUUCUCUCGGCCCUCCACGCCCAAGACCCCGCGCGCCCACAGCCCCGCCGCCGCCUCCCCGCCGCCCCCGCCGAGCGCCGCAGCCAGGCCCGGGGAUGAGCCGGGGAGGCCCCGGAGCCGCGGGCCCAGGACGGAGCCGGGGGAAGGACCCCAGCAGGAGGUGAAGCGCAGGGACCAGUUCCCGCUGACCCGGGGCAGAGCCAUCCAGGAGUGCCGGAGCCCUGUGCCGCCCACAGCUGCGGAGGGCCCCGAGGCAAGGACGAAAACCCCUUCAGGGCGCAAGCGCGAGCCCCCAGCGCAGGCAGUUCGUUUUCUGCCCUGGGCCACGCCGGGCCAAGAGGGCGCUGCAGUGCCCCAGACCUUGGAGAAGAACAAAGCUGGGCCUGAGGCUGAGAAGCGGCUGCGCAGGGGGCCUGAAGAGGAUGGACCCUGGGGUGCCUGGGACCGAAGAGGAGCCCGCAGCCAUGGCAAAGGUCGCCGAGCCCGCCCCACCUCUCCUGAACUGGAGUCUUCUGAUGACUCAUACGUGUCUGCUGGAGAAGAGCCCCUGGAGGCGCCGGUGUUUGAGAUCCCCCUGCAGAAUGUGGUGGUGGCACCAGGGGAGGACGCGCUGCUCAAAUGCAUCAUCACCGCCAACCCCCCACCCCAAGUGUCCUGGCAGAGGGAUGGGUCAUCGCUGCGAAGUGAUGACCGUCUUCUCAUCCGGGCGGAAGGCGAGAGGCACACCCUGCUGCUCAGGGAGGCCCGGGCAGCCGAUGCUGGAAGCUACACUGCCACUGCCACCAACGAACUGGGCCAGGCCAGCUGUGUGGCCACACUGGCUGUGAAACCUGGAGGGUCCUCGUCCCCGUUCAGCAGCCCCAUCACCUCUGACGAGGAGUACCUGAGCCCCCCCGAAGAGUUCCCGGAGCCUGGGGAGACCUGGCCCCCAACUCCCACCAUGAAGCUCAGUCCCAGCCAGAACCACCGCUCCUCUGACACUGGCUUCAAGGCACCCCCUACCUUCAAGGUGUCACUCAUGGACCAGUCGGUGAGAGAAGGCCAAGAUGUCACCAUGAGCAUCCGGGUACAGGGGGAGCCCAAGCCAGUGGUCUCCUGGCUGCGAAACCGCCAGCCUGUGCGCCCAGACCAGCGGCGGUUCGCGGAAGAGGCCGAGGGUGGGCUGUGCCGACUGCGGAUCCUGGCGGCCGAGCGGGGCGAUGCAGGCUUCUACACUUGCAAAGCGGUCAAUGAGUAUGGAGCCCGGCAGUGCGAGGCCCGCCUGGAGGUCCGAGGCGAGUGAGCUCAGGGGGCCGCCUGCGCUCCCCCCCGCUACCCUCCGAGCUGCGCCCCUGUCUCAGGCACCUCGGACCUCGCUGUGUUUCACUGCCUCCUGCCCACAGACCCAGCCGGCCCACCGGCCCGGACCCCAUCCCAGCCUCCCGUCCCCUUCCCAUCCCUCGAAGCCCCUGGGAAAACCCAUGGGGCCCCCUCACAUGGACCCUCCCACCCCAAGUGGACAUAUGGCUGGGCAGGCCAGGAGGCCCCCAGAAGGACUGAGUGUGGGGAAGGGGCAGCCAGGAGGGAUAACAAGACCCCCCAGCCCCUCCCCCCAGGGGAGCACCGAGCGAGCGCAUGUGCUACCGCUGCUACAGGCCACUGUCUGUCUAUCCGUUUGUCUGUCUGUGCGUCUGUGACAGUCAGGGAAGGAUCCCUCAGAG